AUCGCUCUGUGUUUAAUGUCUGAAAUAUUUUAAAAUAUAUAAACACGAGUUUAAGUGCUUACACCUUUUAAUAUUGGCAAAGCGAACUUCAACAGGUAAAAUUGUAGGUUCGCAGAAAAUCAUGGCUCUUCAAGGCCACCUUUGGAUUGCUGUUAAUGUUUUUGUUUUUGUUGUAAUUUUCUCAUCGGUGACUGCCAAAAUCAAAUUCAGAGAUGACAUCUAUGAGCCUCGAGUUGUGUCCCUUAGCGAUGGAGAAAAGCUUGAGAAAGAACUAAAUCGAAUACGACGAGAAUCAUCCAAAAAUAAUCGUGGAAAAAUGGGAGUGAGCGAUUCCCAUGUCGAAGUUCACGUGAAUACAUUUAAAAACAAGAACCACAAACAGGCCGUGGUCCAUUGGUCGGGAAGCGACAGCAACGCCAUUUUUCUACUAACAAGAGAAGUUAUUGAUGGAGUAGUUAACAGCUCAUCACUAUACAGAUCUCUGAAUUAUGGAGUGACUUUUGAUGAAAUCACCCCCCAAAAUUCAGUAAUUUCCAGCUUUUUUGUUGAUCCUAACAACUACACAAAGCUGAUAUUUGCCGACAGAAAAAACAGAGCAGUGUAUGUCACGGAUGAUGAGGGCAAGACGCUCUCUGGUCCACACCGCACACAGUUUAAUCCCCAGCGUCUUGUGUUUAACCCCAUACUGGAGAAUGUACUGCUUGGGUACUCCUACACCCAGGAACAGUUGUUUGUAAGCAGAGAUCUUGGGAAAACAUGGAAGAAGCUUCAGGAUGGAGCAGACAGCCGGUUCUUUUG